AAUUCCGCGAGACUUAAUGCAUAAACUCUCGCGGCAACAGCAGCGGGAUUUUGUUUCAUUACAGAAAACAUGGCGGACCGGCUAACACAACUCCAAGACGCUGUCAAUUCGCUUGCCGAUCAGUUUUGUAAUGCCAUCGGCGUCCUGCAACAGUGUGCACCCCCUGCAUCGUUCAGUAACAUCCAGACUGCUAUCAACAAAGAUCAACCAGCUAACCCAACUGAAGAAUAUGCCCAGCUGUUUGCAGCUCUUAUAGCCAGAACAGCCAAAGAUGUGGAUGUACUAAUUGACUCCCUGCCCAGUGAGGAAUCCACGGCAGCUCUGCAGGCGGCCAGUCUGCGGCAGCUGGAGGAGGAGAACCACGAAGCAGCAGCUCGUCUGGAGGAGGUGGUUUACCGCGGCGACAUGCUGCUGGAGAAGAUCCAGAGUGCGCUGGCCGACAUUGCCCAGUCUCAGCUCCGCACUCGCAACGGGGCGCCCAGCCAGCCGUCACCAGCCGAAUCCUGACGAGCAGAACGAACGCCACUUUGGACUAUUUCCAGUCAUUUCGCUCACAUUUUGACUCUUUACUUUUGCCCUCUGACACCAACUACAAGCCUCAAAACUCUCAAACACAGCUGAACGUGUGCUGAAAUGUCAAAUGUUUCUGAGUGACAAACUAAACGCCGAACUGUUUUCUGUGGAUGAGACAAAUAGGAUUCUUUUUACCUAAAAAGUUAAGGUGUCACGCUAACUUUUUGUGUUCUCCAAGUAGUUCCUCAUGAAGAGCAUACACUCACAGGAAGUUUAGAAGAAACUUUCUCACAGUUCCACAGAGUCUGGCCUGCCAUUUUUGUAUGUUUUCUGUACAAUAUAUGUUGUAUAUUGAUGUCUAUUGUAGAUAUUUAUGAAUUAAAUAAUCAUAGCUCUUGUUCACUCCUCAGUCUGCUUUAAAUAGUUACAAGUUUCAGCUCACUGUAACUCCAUGGCUGAUGAGUCUUUCCUUUUUUCAAUAAACUGUCACAAACA